AUAUAAUAUCUGUGAUGUAUACUUUUUGCUUGUCAAAAUUUGUCUUUGGUUACUAACAGCACGGGCUGUCAUACAUUUGACAACAAUGACAGCUUGGCUUGCCUACAAAAAAUUUGAAAAAAGGAACAGGCUUUGUCAUUUUUGACAGUAUCGGCCGUUGGAAUCGACUAUUUUCAGAAUUCUUCUCGUUUUAUUUGCUAAAAGUUUGUAGCAUCAUUUAUUGUCGAAUAUUUAUUUACUUCAAGACAUACACAUGGCCUAUUGAUUACCUACGUAGAAUAGAGAGUUUAUUUAUUUUAGUGAAAUGGGGAGUAAUGCGAGUAAAGUCAAUUCUGAACCUGUUCAGACACAAAAAAACGACAAGGAAGAUGAUGCUAAUUCUGAUCCAAGGUCUCCUACUCCAGAAAUCACACGGACUCCACUACAGGGAAAACCUAGUGCAAAACACAACAUAACAAAGAAUGUUGAUUUACGAAAAACAUUUGAAAAUGCUGAUGGGGAAGAAAAAUUAAUACAUAAUAAUCCAAUCCUUUCUGCAGUCAUAAAGAAUCAUUUACAGUCAUAUGAUCCUCGCUCACCAACACAGGACUUUGAGAGGACUCCAAUAGUAAUUACCUCAAAGGAAGAUGGAGGUACAGAUAACAGAUAUUCUAGUGAAAUUAAUUAUGGCAGCCCUAGUCUUCAAGAAGAUAAUGAGGGCAUUGCUCAAAAUGAUGUUAAAGCUACACAGAGCCCUGAUUUGGUUGUCCCAAAGAAUUUGUAUGAUAAAUUUUUUGAUAUGACCCUUGAUGAUACAUUUAAAGAGAGUGAGGAACCAUUGGGAUCAUCAACAGCAUCUAAUGAUGCUAUAGAAAUUAAUAUUUCUAAUGCUCAAAGGCUCGUAAAAGAAGUUGGUGAAAAACCCAAUCUGUUUUUAGAAACAAAUUUCGAUUAUGUUGAGAAUGAAUAUGAUAAUUUUGAAGAUAGUGAAGAUCAUGUUGAAACCAAUGAUCAUGACAGUAAGAAAGAUAUGAAACAUAUUCCAGUGUUCAAAAUUCUUGACAUUGAUCCUCGAUCACCAUCUGUAGGUAUUGAGAGAACACCCAUUGUGGUUACUAAGAUCAUAGAAGAGGAUGCAAGUAUGGAUAAUGUUGAAGAGAUGUCUGAUGAUACCUUAAUUAAAGUUUUACAAAAUACUAAUAUAGAACUCAGACAGAAUUGUAUCAAACCACAAGACAGAAAAUCUGAUGGCCUUCUUAUUUAUGAAGAUGAGGCCGAUAAUAUUAAUGUUACUCCGAAGAAAACUAAAUCUAACAGCAGUAGUGGUGUGAGAACACCACUGUCAUGUAUGAAAAAUAAAGACUCUUGUCACACACGAUCUAAAUCAGCAAAUACCUUAUUUGAUCCCAAAACACAAACAGUUAUUUCAACAAAAUUACCAACCAGAGUAUCUCAUAUCCCAAGAUUGAAAUCCUUGACAAAACAGUCAAAAAUAGCCACUUCUGGGAGUACAAUUUCUCUUAAAAAUAUUGGGAAAAGCUCAGGACUAGUGGGCGAUUGUGAAAAUACACCACCUCACUCACAUCGCGACCGGUGGGACAAAGAUAACAGCAUGGUGCUAUGAAAUAUCAGAAUUAACUAUCUAGAAUUACACUUCUACACAUUUUAUGUUAUUAAAAUCGAAUUAUUCGUAAGUCCGUUAAUUAUGGGAUUUCAUUUUCUAUGUUUGCAUUGCACAUGCCAGUUUGAACUCUUAAGACUGUUAUUACUGAUAUCAUUAAUUAUGAUUGAUAAAUGGUGCAUUUCUUUGUACUACUUAUUUUUAGCUUGAAAAUAAAGCAGAAACAUUUA